CUAUAAGAACCUAGACCCCGCGCCACAGCCCACUAUUCACAGCCCGACCCUCCAGCGCCUUCAUAAAGAAGAUUAGAUUCAGCUUUUCAAACUAACAUAUCGCCAGUUUCAUUAUCUUUCUUUUCUAUUGAGGCAAAAGAGCUUCAAUUAAAAGGAUGGGCUCCUCCGGAGUGCAGAUCGUGUGCGUGUCUCUCGGGAUCCUGGGACUGGUCGGGGCCAUCGUGUGCUGCGCCAUCCCGAGAUGGAAGGUCACGGCCUUCACCGGGCAGACCAUCGUCAUAGCGCAGAGCGUCGAGGAGGGCCUCUGGAUGAACUGCGUGGUGCAGAGCACCGGCCAGCAGCAGUGCAAGAAGUACGACUCGCUGCUGAUGCUGUCCGCAGACCUGCAGGCGGCCCGCGGCAUGGUGAUCAUCAGCUGCAUGCUCUGCUCCCUCUGCCUGCUCAUGCUCUUCGCCGGCGCCGACUUCACCACCUGCGUGGAGAGCGAGAGCGCCAAAGCCAAGAUCUCCCUGGUGGCAGGCAUCGGGCUCAUCCUGGGCGGCCUCCUGGUGAUGAUCCCGGUCAGCUGGUCCGCCCACAACACCGUGCGCGACUUCAACGACCCCUUAGUGGUCGCCAGUCGGAAGAGGGAGCUGGGCGCGUGCAUCUUCGUGGGGUGGGCGGCCGGCGGCCUGCUCGUCCUGGCCGGGGGUCUGCUGUGCUGCUUCAGCAAGGUGAAGUCGGGGGGCUCCCCGGGAGCGGCCAAGUACUACAGCAACGGCGGCGCCUCCGCUCCCAACAAGAACUAUGUCUGAGGCGGAGGACGGAGCGAGGCGAGGAGGAACACGACGGCUGACAGUUGUUUUUGAUAGAGGGGGGGAAAGGAAAACUGUAAAUACCAGCAGAUAAAUGCGUACCUUUUAUUAUGUAUUUUGGUGUUUUACUUUGGUGUUAGGUACAGGGUUUUUAGUUGGGUUACAGGCAGAUUAUUUCUUUGCGUACAAAUGUCACCUGGAACAGGUGUGGAGUUUCUCAAAAGCAUUUAAGCGGUCACCACUUACCAAUCGCCAAAUUGUGAAUUUGUUUAUUGUGUGCUGUCGUAUCCAUACCUCUUUCAUACCACCGCUGUAUUUAGUUAUCUAUAUGUCUUAAAUGUAAUAAAGGAAGAUUGUGUAUAUUUCCUUAUUGCUUGUAUUUUUUGAAGGUUACUAUUUGGUUUUUGUUUCGGUUUGACAUUUUGUGUAUUUGUGGGUCCAGAUAACUCCAAAAGUUAUGCAAUUUGGUGGGCUCAUGGGCUGAGGAACACAAUUAUUAUCAUACUAAUAUACAAAAGAAGGUACCAUGGGUGGUCAUGUUGAAAUAACUUUCAAUGAUUGUCGUUGAGGCUUGAAAUGGGAGUUGAGUAAUAGUUUCUGAGUAAUAAACGAACCUGUGAGUAAUAAACAACCUCUGAGUAAUAAACAGACCUCUAUUGAGA